AUAAAAGUGUCGUUUGUGCUUUAAUGGCUUUUUUAUCCGCUUCGUGUGGCUCAGAAUAGGCGAAACAGAGCUCCCAAACCACAGUUUGAACUGAUUGGUCUCUUGAAUGGGCAGUGUGAGUGUGAUGCUUCAUUAUGCAGGCUUAUCAGACUUCCCUCGUUCCCAACUAGUUUUUCCCUCUUUCAGAGUCUUAUGUUCAUCGGAGCAGGUUAGCUUGUCAAGGCGAAAAACAUUAGGGAAAGUGGAUGAAGAGUUGGCUAAGGGGGAUGACAAGGCAGCACUUUCACUGGUCAAGGAUUUGCAAGGCAAGCCUGGUGGGCUUCGUUGUUUUGGUGCUGCUAGGCAGAUACCCCAAAGGCUCUACACUUUGGAUGAGCUUAAGCUAAACGGAAUAGAAGCUACAUCUCUUCUUUCACCAGUGGAUUCGACUCUUGGUGCCAUAGAAAGAAAUCUUCAGCUUGCUGCGGCUGUAGGAGGUGUUUCAGCCUGGAAUGUCUUUGGGUUUAGCCCCCAGCAUCUUUUCUAUCUUUCUCUAGGAUUGUUGUUCCUGUGGACUUUCGACUCGGUAUCUUUUAAUGGAGGGGUCAGUAGCUUGAUUCUUGACACAAUUGGUCAUACCUUUAGCCAGAAGUACCACAACAGGGUCAUUCAGCAUGAAGCUGGGCAUUUUCUGAUUGCCUACUUGGUUGGAAUUCUACCCAGGGGGUAUACUUUAUCUAGUUUGGAAGCUUUUCAGAAGGAAGGCUCUCUCAAUGUUCAAGCAGGGACUGCCUUUGUGGAUGUUGAAUUUCUCGAAGAAGUUAAUGGAGGAAAAUUAUCAGCAACAACUCUAAACCGAUUCUCAUGCAUAGCGCUAGCUGGAGUGGCCACUGAAUAUCUUCUCUACGGAUAUGCUGAGGGAGGUCUUGAUGAUAUAAACAAGUUGGAUGCAUUGCUCAAAGGGUUGGGAUUUACACAGAAGAAAGUUGAUUCCCAAGUUAGAUGGUCUGUACUGAACAUAAUUCUACUUCUUCGUCGCCAUGAAAUGGCAAGAGCUAAACUUGCAGAGGCAAUGAUAGCUGGAAAAUCUGUAGGAUCUUGCAUUGAGACCAUUGAGGAUGCCAUUGGAAGUGAAGAUCUCUAGCAGCUCUGCUACUUUUGUUAUUGUUUUUUGAACUAAGAACUAAUUCAUUUGAAUAGUGUUUCAGUGUAAUGAUGUAAAACUAAACUCAUUAUAUGAUUAAGUAUACAGUCCAAAAUUUUUCUAUAGCACUAAAAUGUUUUACUGUAAUAAAAGACAUAUAUUGAUAAGUUAA